AAUAAUGUGAUUAUUUUUUAUAUAGUUUAAUUAUUGAUUAUAUUAGUCUUAAUAAUUAUAAGUAUAAAGAGGACUAAACAUUCAUCAUUAGACAACUAGACAUUAUAAAGUUAAAUAUAUCGAAAUUCUCACAAGAAGGAUCCCUAGAGACCAGACAUGCAUGUCCAACGACAGAUCGUAUAAUAGCUAAUAGGAGUCUUAUCGAUCCAACAUCCAAGGUAGGCUUUAUUACAAAGUAACUAUUAGAAUGCACUUCCCAUGAUGAUUCUAGAAUCUAAUAUUAUUAUCAAUACAGCCAAUGAGCAUUAUGUGAUGUAACAAUUUAUGUCUACUUUUUCAUUUUAUUAGUUAUCAUAAAUCAAUGAAUUCUAUUUUGAUUUUUUUUUUUUUUUAAAAGUAAAAGAUUUGGGCUCCUAAGAGAGACAAUCCACAAAGCUAAAGAGACAUUAACAGGAAACGUAUAGUUAAAGAAAAGAACACUGUCUGCUCCACAAAAACAAGAUAAACAAAACUCUUCAAGUCUACUUUAUUUUUAUUGGUUCUGCAAUUUUCAAUGGUCUGUAACAUUAAUGUGUCAUAAGAGACAAUUGAGUUUUCUUAUCAACAGAAGGGUCUAAAAAAUUGAUCACCCAAGUUCAUAGUCUAUAGACUCAGUUUUUCUUUCAAAUAUUGAUGUGUAAGAAAGUGAAAGUGAUGUGAUGCUCUGUUUCUGUUUACGGCUAGACAAUAAAGCUUUUUUAGCCCUUAUCUCUCCUAAUUAAAGAAUCUGAGCAGUUGAGAAAUUAAAAUCAAAGCCUUAACAUUUCAACUCCAACAUCAUUUGGACACACUUUCCUUGGAUACCUCCCUUUUACGGAAACUUCGAAUCUUACAUGUAAACAAAUCUCAAAACCAUGAUUUCACAUUUUUACUACUAACAAACUACAAAGAUCUAAACACAUGAAUUAAGUAUCUAAUCGGGUAAUUAUUACAGUGGUUUUCAAAUAUCAAUGUGUGUUCAUAUUUAGAAGUUCAUAGUUAAUGUGGGGAACCUUAUGUUUCUAAUAUUUAUUUAUAUUAAAAUAAAUGUUGAUUAAAUCAUUUUUAAAUUCAAAAUCUAUGCAAUCGAAUCACCUACUAGUCUUUUAUUGUUUAACUAAACAGAGAGAAAUAGAAAUAGAGAGAGAAACAUGAAGAGCACUCUCAAGAGAGACGAGAAGAAAGCAUGUAGCUAGCUCUGCAGCUUCAAGGUCUGUCUCAUUAAUGGAGGUUUCUAACUCUUGUUCUUCAUUUUCUUCAUCCUCUGUCGACAGUACUAAGCCUUCUCCUUCUGAAUCUUCUGUUAAUCUCUCCCUUAGCCUCACUUUUCCUUCUACUUCUCCACAAAGAGAAGCAAGACAAGAUUGGCCACCGAUAAAGUCUCGAUUAAGAGAUACACUAAAGGGUCGUCGCCUUCUUCGUCGUGGUGAUGACACUUCUCUCUUUGUUAAGGUUUAUAUGGAAGGUGUCCCCAUUGGAAGAAAACUCGACCUUUGCGCAUUCUCAGGCUACGAGAGCCUAUUAGAAAAUCUUUCUCACAUGUUUGAUACUUCAAUCAUCUGCGGUAACCGAGAUAGAAAACAUCAUGUUUUGACAUAUGAAGACAAGGAUGGAGAUUGGAUGAUGGUCGGGGAUAUUCCAUGGGAUAUGUUUCUUGAAACCGUGAGAAGACUAAAGAUCACGAGACCGGAGAGGUAUUAAAAAGGCUGUGAUUUUCACAGUAUUGAGAGGUGAGAGAUUUAGGCAUUGAUGAAGAGACUUGACGCGGGACGGAGCUAUUGCUGCAUAUUGCAACAAAGGCCUCAAAAGAAGUUGGAGAAUUGAUGCAUAUAUUUAUUUAUAUGACACCAUUCAGUGUGUUUUUUUCUUAUAUAUAAAUCACAAUAUCCACGACUUCUUUUUUUUUGUUCUGAAUAAUAAUGCAAAGAUGUUUUUUACAUGUUUGUAACCGUGUGUUUCUUCGAAUGUGUACGUUGUUAUGGGCAGCACGAACAUGGAAUGCAGGAAGAGAAUGAUUCUCUUU